CACCUCUCCCCCACUCUCUAUUUCUGUCUAGACAAUGAGGUCCGUCUGGAGGGGAUGAGGGAUGGGGCUGGCUUCAUGAGGAUGCCAGAGCACCCCCUGUGGGAGCCCCGUAGCCUAGCCGCCCAGCACCUCUCCUCCUGGAUGACGGAGGGUGAGCCCUUCACCUCUCCUCUCUCCCUGCUGCACUCUGCCGGAGGACAGCGCCUCUCCUCGUCCUCUUCCUCAUCAGUGGCCACUACUGCUCUUGUCGCCGCCAUGACCCUGGAGCAGAAGACCACCUUCGCCCUGGUCCUCUUCCUCUUCGGUGUCCUCCUCAUCCUAAUCGUGCGGUGCUUCCGCAUUCUGCUGGACCCCUACCGCAGCAUGCCCACCUCCACCUGGGCAGACGGCCUGGACGGGCUGGAGAAGGGCCAGUUCGACUAUACACUGGCAUAGGGGGUUAGGCGUCCAUGUACUGUAUACUGUACACACACACACACACACACACACACACACACACACACACACACACACACACACACACACACACACACACACACACACACACACACACACACACACACACACACACACAUGAACAUGCAGAAUGGCUGCAUCCACCUUGGCUGACGGUCUGGAUGGGCUAUAGAGAAUGGUUAGUUUGAUCACAAGCUGUGGUGUAAGGAUACAGACCUACAUGCAUUGUAUGUCAUGAAAUACACACACACACAUAUAUACACACACACACACACACACACACACACACCACCCACACACAUGUGGUUGCAUCCUCCUGGAUUCACGGUAUGCAUGGUCAAGAGAAGUGCCGGUUUAACCACACACAUACACAUACACACACACACACACACACACACACACACACAUUGUAUGUCAUGAAAUACACACACAUAAUACACACACACACACACAUAUACACACACACACACACACACCCCCACACACAUGUGGUUGCAUCCUCCUGGACUCACGGUAUGCAUGGUCAAGAGAAGUGCCGGUUUAACCACACACACACACACACACACACACACACACACACACACACACACACACACACACACACACACACACACACACACACACACACACACAUACACACACAUACACACUCUGCAGUGUGGUUGCAUCCUUCUGGGUUCACUUUCUCCCACUUGUUUACACUGUAGACAGCUAAUGUCACUCACACACACUGACACAAGAGGCCACCUGGGGCUCCUUCAGUGCCUCACUCCUACAGGGUAGUUCUCAUCCUCCUCCUUCUCGUCCUCCUCACCGUUCAAGUUGACAACAAUGUCAACGCUAUUUCAACCCUCCUCCUCGUAAUACCUCACCAUCCGAGUCAAGAACUAAACUAUUUCAACCCUCCUCAUAAUACCUCACCAUCCGAGUCAAGAACUAAACCAUUUCAACCCUCCUCCUCAUAAUACCUCACCAUCCGAGUCAAGAACUAAACCAUUUCAACCCUCCUCCUCAUAAUACCUCACCAUCCGAGUCAAGAACUAAACCAUUUCAACCCUCCUCCUCGUAAUACCUCACCAUCCGAGUCAAGAACUAAACCAUUUCAACUCUCCUCCUCGUAAUACCUCACCAUCCGAGUCAAGAACUAAACUAUUUCAACCCUCCUCCUCGUAAUACCUCACCAUCCGAGUCAAGAACUAAACUAUUUCAACCCUCCUCCUCGUAAUACCUCACCAUCCGAGUCAAGAACUAAACUAUUUCAACCCUCCUCCUCGUAAUACCUCACCAUCCGAGUCAAGAACUAAACCAUUUCAACCCUCCUCCUCGUAAUACCUCACCAUCCGAGUCAAGAACUAAACCAUUUCAACCCUCCUCCUCGUAAUACCUCACCAUCCGAGUCAAGAACUAAACUAUUUCAACCCUCCUCCUCGUAAUACCUCACCAUCCGAGUCAAGAACUAAACUAUUUCAACCCUCCUCCUCGUAAUACCUCACCAUCCGAGUCAAGAACUAAACCAUUUCAACCCUCCUCCUCAUAAUACCUCACCAUCCGAGUCAAGAACUAAACUAUUUCAACCCUCCUCCUCGUAAUACCUCACCAUCCGAGUCAAGAACUAAACCAUUUCAACCCUCCUCCUCAUAAUACCUCACCAUCCGAGUCAAGAACUAAACUAUUUCAACCCUCCUCCUCGUAAUACCUCACCAUCCGAGUCAAGAACUAAACUAUUUCAACCCUCCUCCUCAUAAUACCUCACCAUCCGAGUCAAGAACUAAACUAUUUCAACCCUCCUCCUCAUAAUACCUCACCAUCCGAGUCAAGAACUAAACUAUUUCAACCCUCCUCCUCAUAAUACCUCACCAUCCGAGUCAAGAACUAAACUAUUUCAACCCUCCUCCUCAUAAUACCUCACCAUCCGAGUCAAGAACUAUGCCAACGCUAUGUCAACCUGUGCUGUCGUAGGCUGCUAAGUUAUUCAACUUUGUACUAAAGGAACAUUUGAAAUCUUCUACUGUCCUGGAGGAGUGUUGUUGUUGAUAUAUGUAUGUCCCAAAGAUGUGUGUUCAGAAUGUUAAAUGCUGAAUGUUGACCUAACAUAUUAUGAUGAUCGUUUUGUCAUUUUACAAUCAUUGCACAUAAUUGAAUUAUGUUAAUGUGUUAUAGAAGGACGUAUUUACACAAUCAGGGAAUUCGAUUUAGGAUGAGAUUAUUUUCAAUGGACAAAAACAAGCAUUCCUCAUCUUGUUUUUGUAGCUCAAUAAUUUGACAUUGUUAGUAUAGAUUAAGAUAAUAGCUGAUAUCAUUUGACCCAGUCAGCAGAUGGCUAGAAGGGAGACAUAAAUGUACAUAUUAUAUCUAUCUAUCUAUCUAUCUAUCUAUCUAUCUAUCUAUCUAUCUAUCUAUCUAUCUAUCUAUCUAUCUAUCUAUCUAUCUAUCUAUCUAUCU